AUGAAAAAGGAAUUUGGUGUCGAGAAAACGGCUCAUGCCCUCGAACGCUCAAUUCAGAGACGGCUGGAGAAAGUUGAGAAUCUGGUGGGAUUAUCAACAAUGGAGAAGGUGAAACUGUUAGUCCUGUUCAGCAGACGAUUGACUCCUGUAUUCGCUAAAGUUAGUCCCGAUGGAAUUAUCCUCCAAUCACCGCCAGUCAGAAAUGUUUCUGAUACUCAAGUUACCGCGAAAGACCUUCCAAUCGAGGUCACAAGAGCUGAAGAUUGGAUUCUGGACAAAAAAUCUGAGUUACCACAGGACAUCAGUCUUCGGAAAUUGACGGAUCAAAUUGAGGCCUUUGCUUACAAUUAUGAUAUGGAAGAGUGGUUCAAACAGAAAGCACGGAGAGCGGUGUGGUUAUACAAGGAUAAGGAUCAGACAAUCCCUUUACAAGAAUUCAAUAAUUUGUUCGACGCCGUUGCGAGAAGUUUGACAAGAGAAAGUGUUCAAAAGACGGAUGUUAAUACAAUGCAAUUGAUGAACUUUUUCAAUAUACUCGGUGAAAACCUGAAUCGUUCAUUCGGGGGUGAUGCAAUGAAAUAG